AUGCUCCUGGAAGAGAAUGGCUCAGAACAAGAAUCAAGAAGGACUUGGAUUCAAAGACUUGGUCAAUUUCAACAAAGCAUUGCUUGGAAAGCAGAUUUGGAGAUUAUUAUAAACCCAAAUCUGCUAAUGUCCAAGGUUCUGAAAGCAAAAUACUACCCUAAUGGCUUCAUUUUCAAGUGCAAGUGUCCCCAAAAUGCCUCAUGGAUCUGGCAAAGUCUGAUGGGAGUUAAGCAGCAUGUGGAGGAUGGCACCUGGAGGAAAAUUGGGAAUGGUCUUAGUACAGGCAUUUGGGAGGACAAGUGGAUAGUAGGAAACAGACCUAAUCACUCAGAAGAGGUGGAAUACAGUGUUAGUGCUCAGAACGUUUAA